AACUUGGAGGGGGGCCAUGUUGUUAGUGAGUGUGUAGUUACCCAGCAGCAAUGGUGUUUUGUUAAUGCAGCUCACCAGACGGCAUUUGUAUGGUUCGCUCGGUUAAAAACGUUUGAUUACAACUGUUCAGCGGCGUGUGAACAACGGAGAACUAUGUUUUUAUUGUAUGCACUUAUUUAACUACAAUAGCUAGCUAGUAAUUUUGGGGGGUAUUUUAUUUAUUUUUAUUAUCAAACUGAAAAGGUUUCCCCGUGGAAUGAGCGUUCCAUGCAGCAUCCUAGGUAUGAAUGACGUGGCCUGGCAGGAGACACGAGGCGGGAUGCUGCACACAAACGGUGCUCCUGAAGCCGGGGGCGUCAGAGUUCACGGAGGGGGAUCCCUGGCUGCCAUGGGGGUUGCAGGUCAGGGUCCCGGAGGGCCACACCGUCUGCAGGGACCCAACCCCAUCCCAGGUACCCCACAGCCUCCACUAAGUGGGCGCUCUCAGGAUGAUGCCACAGUGGGUUACUUCUUCCAGAGGCAGCCUGGGGAGCAGCUGGGAGGUUGCACCUCCAGCAAGCACCGUUGGCCCACUGGAGACGGCAACCACGUUGACCAGGUUCGAACUGUGGAUGAGAUGAACUAUGGUUUUCAAGCCCUUGCUUUGGAGUCCAGGGGCAUGGGUGAGCUCCUGCCAGCAAAAAAACUGUGGGAUUCGGAUGACUUGUCCAAGGAUGGAAGGAAAGGGAUGCUCCUUGGAGAGGAAUGGCGGGAGAAUGCUUGGGGAUCUUCUCAUCACUCUGUGUCCCAACCAAUCAUGGUGCAGCGACGACCCGGACAGGGUUUCCAUGGGAACGGCGACGCCAACUCCGUGCUGUCCCCUCGCUCCGAGGGUGGAGGCCUGGGCGUGAGCAUGGUGGAGUACGUCCUGAGCUCCUCCCCCGGGGACAAGAUGGAUGGCCGCUACAGGAACGGUGGCUACGGUGGCGGGGACGCUGACCCGGACGGGAGGGAGAAAGGUAACGCCCAAGACCAGACGUCCCCGUUUGAAGAGGACAAGAGCCCAGAAAUGAAAGUGGGAGAGGAGAGUGAUGCGGCCAAGGCCAAUGGUAGAGGCCUGCUCAAUGGCAUGGACAGAGACUGCAAAGACUUCAAUCCCACCCCAGGAAGUCGCCAGGCCUCCCCCACCGAGGCGGUGGAGAGGAUGGGCCCCGGCCAGGCCGGGCUGGAGAUGAUGGUCCAGCAGCACCAGCAUCAGCAUCAGCAACACCACCUCCAGCACCAGACCAUGCAGCCCCAGAACAAGCCCCAGCAGCAGGAGGACUUCCAGAGCCAGGAGGCCCAGAACAUGGGCAACAUGGAGCAGCAGCAGGGUGUGGAGUCACUCCAGUUCGACUACGCCGGCAACCAGAUCCAGGUAGACUCCUCCGGCACCCCCGUCGGCCUGUUUGACUACAACUCCCAGCAGCAGUUGUUCCAGAGGUCCAACCAUCUGACUGUCCAGCAGCUCACUGCUGCCCAGCAGCAACAGUAUGCCCUGGCUGCUGCCCAGCAACAACACCUUGCCGGCCUUGCUCCCGCGUUCGUGCCAAACCCAUACAUCAUCAACACUGGACCCCCCGGAACCGACCCUUACACCGCUGCAGGACUGGCCGCAGCAGCUACACUUGCCGGGCCUACAGUGGUUCCUCCCCAGUACUAUGGUGUUCCUUGGGGCGUGUACCCAGCCAAUCUCUUCCAGCAACAGGCUGCCAGUCACAACGCUAACCAGCAGGGAUCCAAUCAGGGACCGGGGCCAGGACAGCAACAGGUGAUGCGCCCCGGGAACAACCAGCGCCCUCUCACCCCUGGUCAGGGCCAGCAGAGCCAGCAGGAGUCUCUGGCAGCAGCUGCCGCCGCCAAUCCUGCCCUCGCCUACGCUGGUAUGCCAGUUUGUCUGUCUCCUGCCCACCCAGGUUACCAGAUGCUGGCCCCCGCCGCUUACUACGACCAGAACGGAACCCUGGUGAUGGCCCCUGGGGCCCGCGGUGGUCUGGGAGGGCCCGUCCGCCUGGUCCAAACCCCGCUCCUCAUCAACCCACAGGCCGCAGCGCAGGCUGCGGCUGCGGCGUCAGCGUCCGGCUCGGGCAACAACAUGUCAGGCCCCCAGCCCAAUGGCCUGUACCGCUCCAUGUCCCAACCCCAGCAGCAGCCCCAGCAGCAGCAGAACCAGGGCCUACCCUCCAGCUCCUUCUACGGCUCUGGGUCGGUGCCGGCCAGCUCCCAGAGCAGCUCCCUGUUCUCCCACACCUCCCAGGCUCCACCGCCCACCUCGUCUCUAGGAUUCAGCGGUGCCGGCGGCUCCCUGGGCGUGGGCCUGGGCUCGGCGCUCGGAGGCUUCGGCUCCUCAGUGUCGAGCUCCACCAGCAGCAGUGUCUCUCGCCGGGACUCCCUGCUGGCCAACUCGGACCUGUACAAGCGUGGAGGUGGUAGCAGCCUCACCCCCAUUGGUCAGCCCUUCUACAACAGCCUGGGCUACUCCUCGCCCAGUCCCAUUGGCCUAACACCGGGCCACUCCCCCCUCACACCCCCACCCUCUCUGCCCUCCUCUCACGGCUCCUCCUCCAGCCUUCACCUGGGCGGCCUGACGAACGGUAGCGGGCGCUACAUCUCGGCGGCGCCCGGCGCGGAGGCCAAGUACCGCAGUGCGGGGGGCACCUCCAGCCUGUUCAGCUCCAGCAGCCAGCUGUUCCCGCCGUCUCGGCCCCGCUACAGCCGCUCAGACGUCAUGCCCAGCGGGCGCAGCCGCCUGCUGGAGGACUUCCGCAACAACCGCUUCCCCAACCUGCAGCUGCGUGACCUGCCCGGACACAUGGUGGAGUUCUCCCAGGACCAGCACGGCUCCAGGUUCAUCCAACAGAAGCUGGAGAGGGCCACCCCAGCAGAGAGACAGAUGGUGUUUGGGGAGAUCCUGCAAGCAGCCUACCAGCUGAUGACAGACGUGUUUGGCAACUACGUCAUCCAGAAGUUCUUUGAGUUUGGCAGUGCGGAUCAGAAGCUGGCUCUGGCCACGCGUAUCCGCGGCCACGUGCUGCCCCUGGCCCUGCAGAUGUACGGCUGCCGGGUCAUCCAGAAGGCCCUGGAGUCUAUCUCCUCUGACCAGCAGGUAAUUAGUGACAUCGUACGAGAACUGGACGGCCACGUGCUGAAGUGUGUGAAGGAUCAGAACGGGAACCAUGUGGUGCAGAAGUGUAUCGAGUGUGUCCAGCCCCAGGCCCUGCAGUUCAUCAUCGACGCCUUCCAGGGCCAGGUGUUUGUGCUGUCCACCCACCCUUACGGCUGCAGGGUGAUUCAGAGGAUCCUGGAGCACUGCACCCAGGAGCAGACCCUGCCCAUCCUGGAGGAGCUGCACCAGCACUCUGAGCAGCUCGGCCAGAAAUAUCAAGGCGUUUCAUUGGAGAUGACACCCAAAACAUAUUAUACAGUUUCCAGCGACGCACUGUUUAAGGAUCAGUACGGCAACUACGUCAUCCAGCACGUCCUGGAGCACGGCAGACCCGAAGAUAAGAGCAAAAUUGUGGCAGAGGUCCGCGGAAAAGUGCUCCUCCUGAGCCAGCACAAAUUUGCAAGUAACGUGGUGGAGAAGUGCGUGAUCCACUCGUCCCGUGCCGAGCGGGCCCUGCUGAUUGACGAGGUGUGCUGCCAGAAGGACGGCCCCCACAGCGCCCUGUACACCAUGAUGAAGGACCAGUAUGCCAACUACGUGGUGCAGCGGAUGAUCGACAUGGCCGAGCCCGCACAGCGCAAGAUCAUCAUGCACAAGAUCCGGCCCCACAUCGCCACCCUGCGCAAGUACACCUACGGCAAGCACAUCCUGGCCAAGCUAGAGAAAUACUACAUGAAGAGUAGCUCUGACCUGGGGCCCAUCGGAGGGCCCACCAACGGCCUCAUGUAGUCCUGCCUUCUGUGUCCACUGACUAAAGGCCAGAGUAGGAGCUGCCCCCCUCACCUUAUUUCUAGUUAUGUAAAGAGGUGCUCCUGAGCCAUCAGGGCUGACCUUUGACACCCUCUGAAUUACCAAAAAGAUUUAAACGUCACCUGUGAAAUGCUGUGACAUCUGACCCCUGCCACUCUAAUGCUACCCUCAGCGCUUGUGGCCACCAUGGAGGGUAGCAGACAGUUUUGCAGGCAAUCUCUUGGGUAAAGCACAGCCCCCCCCCACACACACAAUUUGUUUAUGAUGUAACUGGCUGGUUUUUCUUAUAUAAUCCUGUACAUUUAGUUUUUUUACCUUGUAAAUUCUCUGUAGAAGAAGAAAAAAAGAACCGCAUUUGCUGAUAAUGUACAAUUCUUACAAUUACACCAGCAAGUGACUUUAUAAGGCCGAACUUGAGUGAUCAUUUUAAACAAUUUUUCAUUUGUUUUUGUACCCAGACUUACUACUACUAUCAGCUGUUAUAAUUAAAAGCCAGGUGUUUAAAUAAUUAUAUAUAUCUUUCUACUACCACAAAAUGAUCCCAAUGCCAAAGCAGCUGAUGGAUCCAUUUCUACUUCUUGCACUGCAUAGUAUGGAUAGAUAAUGAAACCCAUCUGUCCCACUGACGAUUACUAUGUCUCUCGUGCCAAUGAGUUAGUCAUCCACUGGUCUCUACUUGAACACCUACAAUGCUUUGUGCUUCAUAUUUAGUGGAGUGUCAUCCACUUGCCGGCUUGUGAUCGCCGCGAUUAAAAAAAAAAAAUUGUCUCUGUUUUUCCGCAGACUGGCCUACUCUUUCUCUCACACUCUUUGCUUAAUUUGACUAGUCGGCUCCGGGCGACAAAUGGCAUGGUUAUUCAACAGUGCACAUAUGCUGUUGCAUCUGUAAGCAGUGAUUCCACUAAAUCCCACCUAUACGGUCUUUUUUUUUCUCGCAGAUCAUUCAAUGGUUGCUUGGGCUUACAGCAGACACGGGUAGCGUGGACGUUUAUUCUCUUUCAGAAGCAGAGCACAAGGUUGGGUUGUAUAGUGGAAGUGUAACUUGGUUGUAAUCUUUACAGUAAAUGACCGUAGCGGGGCGUGUGUGGGUGGGGGGUAAGCAUAGGCAUGCUGUAACAGGUUUUUAAUAACUUGACUGAUUUCUUUAUCAUGUUUUGUGGAACAUCUAUCUGUCUUGUAGUUUUGAGAUGAACACUGCCCUAGAAGCGGUAUCUUUAUGUACUGAAUAUUCAUCUCUUGCGUAGAAAUAGUUUAGCAAAAAUGUAUAGCAUCUUUGUGUAUGAGUAAAUAUUAAAUGGUUGCUUUUUUGGCUAGGGGGCUUGGGGUAAGAGUUUUUAUUUAAAUUUUUUUUUUUUGAAGUGGCUCAUCCCAAGUAUGUAAAGCGGAGGGUAGAAUUGGGAAUGAAAUUAGGAAAAAUAACAGGAUGGUUUUAUGCGAGACCGACCGUCAUGAGGUUGUUUUAAUUUAGUUAUUCCUCAUUUUAAUUUUUCUUCUGGUCUGAAUAUUCAAGUGAAUUAGGUGGGGUGAGUAGUGGGGCCAUCUAAAAAGUUAUACAACUCCUCUGUGACGCUAGUAGUAAUGGCUUUUGCUUCAUAUGAAUAAUUGUAGAAUACAUGUAGUAUAUGUGCAGUUGAUAAGUGUGUAAGUUUAAUUGUGGUGUUUGACAGGCCUUGAUAAAUUGGUAGUGAUGCUUUUUUAUUUUGUCUGUACAGUUGUACAUUUGUAAACGUUGAUGCUGUAAAUGGAUGUCUUUUACACUUUUGGGGGAAAAAUUGCCUAAAUGUGCAUUUUGAUGUAUGUAUGUGUGUGUGUAUAUUCAUCACUCCUUUCCCCUCAAAUAUAAUGUAUACAGUUUUAUUUGAUCAAGCGUUAUUUUAAAACAAUCUUUUUAUGGCUUCUCGAUCUGACAUGGUUUUGUUUUAAAUCUGUUAUGAGAAAGGUCGGCCUCGUUUUGUAUGCGGAGCUUUAUAACGUCUCCUGUUUAUAUUGUCUUUCUGACGUGUGACAGUUUUAAAGGAACACCAAUGCUCUGUACUUAAAAUGAGGCUGCUUCUGGUCCCCUCUGCUGCCAUGGAAACUUCACAGGAUAUGACAGAAUUAUUUUUGUACAGAAGAGUGCUGUAUUUUGGAACAGCUACUACCUUGUAAGCAAAAGAAAUGUAAGAUAUUGUCAAUUAUAUAAAUAUGAACAUAUGAGUUUUGUCACACUGUCAAAGUCUUGUACAUUUUCAGGUGGCCUUAUGUACAUUUCCAGACAUUUAGAUGAAGAAAAAAAUACUCAUUUUUUGGAAGCAGAAUUGUGGCUGUAUGAUUAAACCGUUCUAACAUUUGA